UUCCGGUCUGCUGCGUGCUAACUCUCUGUAGCUUUGCUGCAGCUGAGCAACAACUUCCCGGGUCAGCUCGUACACGCGAAAAGUGACAGCAGCGGCACACACAUCAUCAUAUUUUGAUUUUUGUUCAUAACAACGACGUGUCAGCUCUCAAACAAUAAACUCUUCAUCUUUUAUCGGCGAGUUUUAAUUCACUUAAAAUGGUGUUUUACUUCACAAGUGCCGUGGUGAACCCUCCCUACACGAUCUACAUGGGGAAAGACAAAUAUGAGAAUGAGGAUCUGAUAAAGUACGGCUGGCCUGAAGACAUCUGGUUUCAUGUGGACAAACUGUCUUCGGCUCACGUUUACCUGAGACUGCCAAAGGGUCAUACAAUAAAUGAUAUCCCCCCGGAGGUGCUGAUAGACUGUGCACAGCUGGUGAAAAACAACAGCAUCCAAGGCUGCAAGAUGAACAACAUCAACGUGGUUUACACACCGUGGGCCAACCUGAAGAAAACCGGCGACAUGGACGUGGGACAGAUCGGCUUCUAUCGACAGAAAGAGGUGAAAAUCGUGGCCGUGGAGAAGAAGGUCAACGAGAUCGUAAACCGCCUGGAGAAGACGAAAGACGAACGCUUCCCUGACCUGGCGGCUGAGAAAGAGUCGAGAGACAGAGAGGAGAGGAACGAGAAGAAAGCUCAGCUCCAAGACCAGAAGAAGAAAGAGAAGGAGGAGCAGAAGAGGAAAAAAGAGAUGGAGGACCUCAAGAACUAUACUUCACUGAUGAAGAGUGAAAACAUGAAGACUAAUGAGGACGGUUACGAUUCAGACGACUUCAUGUGAGCGGCGAACACCAGGCAGCAAGCAGACGGACCCCUCCUGCACUCAGACCUGCUUGUCGGGAUGCUCGGCUGCUUGCUCUCCGCUUGCUGUAACUCUGCACUGACACUGAGAAAAACAAAAACAAAUGGAUACCUUUUGCUUUUGGACACUUGGAGCAGCAGAAAGCGAGCCAAUGUGGGGAGGACAGCGCCCGGGGACUUUAUUCCACAUGCUGAUUGGUUCGAGACGCUGCUUCCAAACCAAACCAAGCUGGCUGGCCUCUUCAUCAGUGACACUGUCGAAGAAACACAAACGCUGAGGACUCUUUUUUUUUGGGGGGGGGGGGGUUCACUUCAAUGUCGACUGAUGUUGAUGUAUGAUAAAACUAGAGCGUGCGUGUUGUAACAGCCCUGCUAACCUGAAAGCUUUCUUUCUUUACGUUCCCACUUCUCUGCAUGUCUGAUUUUAUUGAAUACGAUUAAAUGUAUAAAAUUAAACACUUACUUAUGUUGACAAGCCAUAAAA